UUCACGCAUGCGUACUGAGUAUUGUUUCCGUUCCUGUCGGUGUGGAGGCCUCAGGUAGGUAAACAGAGGUUCUCCGGAGGUUCUACUACGGUUCUGUUGGUUCCAACUAGCUCUCAGCGGUUCCGGUCGGACCAGCGGGAAAAUGUCUCCAUCCGCCACGUUUCACUCCCAGCUCGCCUCCAUCAUGGAGGUUCUGGCCAACACGGCGGUGGCGGAGAUCUGCGAGCUGGUGGACAACGGCUACGCGGUGCUGCAGCUGGAGAUCAGCCGGAGCCGCAAAGAGAACGAGGUUCUGCGGAGGAAACUGCGGCUCCUGGAGCUGCGGGCGGCGCGGUCCGCCGCGCUCAGAGCCGCCGCGAGCGGAAGCGGCGCCGCGCUGCUGUACGCCGCUAGCGGCCGCCCGCGCGCCAACCAGCGCGUCCACGAGCCGAGGAGGACCGUGACACUGACAGAAGUUGCAGCAGAGCUGUCCUUGUCGUCCAAUCAGCAGACUUCUCAGUGCAGAAAAACCCACCAAGAACCGGAACCAGCAGCUACAGGACAGAUGGCGGCUGCAGCCGAAACCACAGUGGUGAUCAAGGUGGAGGAUGAGGAGGAAGAGUCCUGGUCCCAGUCCGACCCUCCUGGUCGGUUCUGUGGCGGUUCUGAGGAUCAGCCCGAGGCAGAAGCUUCAUCCUCGCUGGUCAAGCAGGAAGAGAGCGGCGCAGACGGCGGCGUCUCUUGGACCAGCGUGGAGGUGAGCUCCACCUCCACCCAGCAGACCAAUCAGAGGCCAGAAGCCAGCGGCUACGACUCCAUGAUGCUGCAGCAAGCCUCCUGCGCUGCAGCAGCAGAACCCGGCGGCUCCUCCGGGUUUGUUCCCGGCAGGAACACGUCAGCCGAUUCAAGAACCAGUUUCAGCCACAGCGAGGCGAAUCUGUCUGCAGCGGGGCAGCGACAGCAGCAGGGGGCGCCACAGAGAGACGGCUGGCGGCAGCAGAGCCGCGCCACCGCAGCAGCAGGGAAAACAUUUGCCUGCAGCUUCUGCGGGAAAAGCCUGGCCUGCCUGAAGAACCUGAAGACCCACAUGCGGGUUCACACGGGCGAGAAGCCGUACGUCUGCGCGCUCUGCGGGAAACGCUUCUCCGACUCCAGCAACCUGAAGCGCCACCAGAGCGUCCACACCGGGGAGAAACGCUACGGCUGCGUCCACUGCGGGAAGCGCUUCGCCCAGUCCGGCUCGCUGAAGGUCCACAUGGCCGUCCACACGGACUGCGGCCAGUUCCGCUGCUCCGUCUGCGGGAAGGCCUUCACCUCCGCCGGCCACCUGAGGAGGCACGUCGCCAUGCACGCCGGGGACAAAUGCUUCCCCGCUGCGUUACCGUGACGACCGUCAGAAGACGCUGCGUCACUCAGCAGGAGUUUCAGACCGGCCGUCGGCUGCAGCGGCUCUGAUGCUUCCUGCUGGACGGGUCAGAGCGACAGGAAGUCCUGAAACCGUCCGGAUCAUCAGGAUCCUCCCACAAACUGCAAACUGUGUUUCUGUGCAAAUUUUUGUACAUUUUUAAAAUUCUGCCAUAUUUUGGCAGAAACAGUUUAAGAGGAUAAAGCUGCUGCUUGGCGCUUACAUCACAGCCCUGUGUUUACUGUCCCACUUAAAGGAGCAGCUUUUUUCCGGUGGUCUGGCGGGGGUCGCACUUUUACAAGGUUUUUAUGUGUGCGUGUGUGGUUUUGGGAAUUGACGGUGUUACGGCCCAAGGCCUUUCCUUUGGGUUAAUAUCCCUAUUUCUGAUUGGUUCUGAUUGGAAGUGGAGGCAGCUGGCCAGUGUCUCCAGAAUGACAUCACAUCCAGCUUAAGAUGCACCGUGUUUUUCUCACCCCAGCUCAGUCCUCUCUGUCUUUCUGCCACCCUCUUCCCUUUCUCCCUCUCCUCCUUACCCAGUUAUGAUUUUUGUUAAAUAAAUCCUACUUUAAGUUAUCCCAUGCGUUGCUUCCUUUUGAUUUGUUAUGGUACUAGAUCCAGACCAUAACAACGCCCCGUUCCCCCUCUGUCUGACUGUGCUGUUUUUCAUCGCACUAAGACGGUGGAGGGUUAAAACUAUCUCAGACACGCGCCCCCUGCUGGUGAGUCAGGAGAGGGAAUAAUCAACGUUGUUCGACUUUUGACUUGCAAAAUUGGCUACCUGGAAGUCUGUGAUGUUGUUGAGCAGCUUCACAGCAAAUACUGUGAUGUAAUAGUUAAAAAAAAACAUAACAUGGAGCAGAGAACCAGUGUUGGAUUGAAACUUCGGACCCAGACAGAAUAUGAAGGUAUCUAUGCAGCACCAGGAGAAACUAAAUGAAACGUUUCUGCUCUCCUAGAGAUGCCAAGGACACAACAGGUAUUUAAGGGCUGAAAGUGGAUUUUGAAUCUUGAGUUCCUUUAACUGGUCCAAAGGAAACCUGAACGACCUCCAGAGAACCUGGAGAACCGCGACGGAGAAACUCAGCAGAUUACAGGAAGGAUUCUUUAAAAUCAGACAGGAUGAGUUUUAAAUCCACUGUGACGCUUCAGCAUCUUCCUCCUCUGAGCUGCUGCUCUUCUUCCUCAGUUUGACUCAAAGCGGCGGGUCCUCCUCCGACCCGGUUCGGUUCAGUUCUGAGGAGAACCGGCUGCUUUCUGGAAAACUUUGUGUUUUCUGGUUUAUUGUGACUCAGUGAUGAUGAACAAAAUAAAUAUUCUGUUUUUUGAGUCAAAAUUAAAGUUUUUAUGUCACUUCUUGAUAAAAUGACUCGAUUGUUUCUUUGGUUUCUUUUAGACUGAAACUGUUUGUGGAAUCAUCUCUGUCUUUGUGUUGCCUUCAGGGCCCAAGGU